AUUUCCCAACAGAGAUGAGCUAGAUGUUUGUGGUACCAUCCGCGAUGUUAUCGUUCGCAAUUCAGGACGCUUCUUCAGGAUUUUGAUACGAAACACAAAUAAUGAAGUAGAGUAUGAAAACGAAGACGCUCGUUUUAUGACGUCUCGUGCAAAAAGCAAACUGGAUGUCCUCGCAUCUCUUGUAAACAAUGUAUUGAAAAGAGAGAAGGUGCGCGUGAUUCAAGCGUGGACAGAUCAAGUUCGUGAAGAUGAUCCUAUUUCAUUGCAUUAUGAAGGUCGUUCUCUAAAACUUACGACUACAGGUGGAAAGCGUAAUCUCGAGCGGCUGGCUGGCCUUGCCAUUGAAGCUGGUUUUGAUUGGGUCACGUUUGAUGAUCCGAAUUACAUACGGGCAUCUGUUAUCCCGGAUGUUUGUCAGACGUCCAUUGACCUUGUUUUUCUCCUGGACAACUCUGGUAGUGUCAAAAAAGAUGAUUUCGAAAAAGUAAAGGAGUUUGUUAAGCGCGUAAUCAAUUUUUUUAACAUUGGAGUCGACGGUACACAUGUUUCAGUCGUCACAUAUGAUGUUGUUGUAAAUAUUGCCUUCAAACUUCGUCAGUAUUUCAAUAAAACCCAGCUUAGGAAUGCGGUGGAUGAUGUCGAGUAUCGCGGUUUUCUUACUUACACUGGUGAAGCUUUGAAUGCAGUACGCCAGCGUGUGUUGACAAAGGAGGCUGGAAUGCGUGUUGAUGAUGGUAUUCCAAAGAUUUUAAUUCUUUUAACCGACGGUCACUCGAACGGCAAUGUUAAACCAAUCAUACCAGCCACUAAGUUACGAGCGGCCGGCGUAAGUAUCUUUUGUAUUGGCGUUGGUGAUUCCAUAUCACAAACAGAACUACGAGAGAUUUCCUCUGAUCCUGACGAGGAUUAUGUUUUUACUCUGAGUAAUUUCAAUGAACUUGCGAGUUUCGUGGAUCGCGUCAGCUCCGAUUCCUGUGGUGAGGGUUCUUCGAUCGAUUCAUGCAAAGUGGCAAAAACGUCAGUCGAUAGCGGUUCUUUUAAAUAUUUUCGUACAACGUUUGUCGUCGUGACGAGCUCCGAGGUCAGCAUUGAAAUCAGGGAUUUGAAAGGUGUGAGCCAUUUGUACGCAUCUUCCAGGAGUAAGAAUCCCGGACCUUUGGAUACAGCUAGCGUUAAAAAUGAAGAGAAUACCUCGCCUAAAGCUGUGUCCGUUGUUGUUGACAACACUACUAAGACGGUAUAUGUUGCCGUACAAGGACAAGCUGCCGUAAAUGAGUUUACUCUUUCCUUUUGGGAUAACUUGUUUGCAAAUAGUGGAAAAUUUCAAGUGAAUGUGAUUGAAGGUGGAAAUGCUGGUGAAAUACUACAAUUGAGUUUGGUACCAAACCUUUACAAUUUGACUUUCCAAAUAUCCGACGGAAACAAGUCCAUUUUCUCCGUUACUUCAUCGGCACCCAAUUUAUCAACGAUGAAAGCAUUGGAUUAUGAAACGGCCAAAAAACACACCGUUGUCGUUGUUGCAAUUGAUACGUUGAAUCCUUGUCAUAAGAGCCGUGCGCUCGUUAUUGUCAAUGUCAUUGACAUUAAUGACAACAGUCCAAAAUUUGACAAGAAUAGUUACACUGCCAGUGUUCCUGAGAACUCGAGGGCUGGAACUCAUGUUAUAAAGGUGUCUGCCACAGAUGCAGAUUCUGGCGAUAAUGGACGUAUUACAUACACCAUUACAUCAGGCAGUCAAAAUGGUUUGUUUAAAAUCGACGUUGAUGGUGAUGUCACUGUGCAUGGUUCUUUGGACUUUGAAUCGACGCGUAAAUACACGUUGAUCAUCAAGGCAGAGGAUAACGGUCGACCAAAUCGUCGUUCCAGCUCUGUCCAGUUGGUUGUACAUGUCACAAAUGUUAAUGAAGCACUGAAGCUGAGUUGUAGUGCCAACUGUAUUUAUACGGUAUCAGAAGAGUCUAGAAAUGGUACGAACGUCGGCAAGUUAAUCGUCAAUGAUCCAGAUAAAGAUGUAAAUUGUACCUUUCAGUACAAUGUUCCAAGAGUAGAAGCAGAAAAGUUCAGCAUUGACAGCAAUGGAGAUUUGCUAACCAAGGCUGCGCUUGAUCGCGAGACACAGGCACAAUAUAUGUUUUACAUCACUGUCAAAGAUUGCGGGUUGCCACCGCUGACUGAUAGUAUUCGUGUGCUCAUUACAGUUAGUGACGUGAACGAUAACAGCCCAAAGUUUUCCGGUCCUUAUAAGGUUAAUGUACCUGAAAGUGAAGCAUCUGGCACCCCUAUCUUACAGGUUCAAGCUUCAGACGAUGACAAAGGUGUUAAUGCUGAGCUCAAGUAUUCUUUAACUGGAGUGGAUUCAAGCAAAUUUAGUAUCAACGAAGACAACGGGACUAUAACAAUAACUGGUACACUGGACUACGAAGUGAAGAAGAGUUACGUUUUAACUGCCAUUGUGUGCGACCAAGGACCCGGGAACAAUAAUGCUUCUGAAAUGGUCAUUGUGAAUGUAACAGACGUGAACGACAACGAACCUGUGUUCCAAGGAACGCCAUAUGUCGUGCAAGUGUUGGAAAAAUCUAGCAUUGGCACAUUCGUUAUAAAUGUGAACGCUACGGAUAAGGAUUCUGGUGUCAAUGGCGAAGUAAAGUACUCUGUAAGCUCAGGAAAUAGUGAUGGUGCUUUUCAAAUUCACGCUGAUACUGGUGUUAUAACAGUUGCCUUGACAUUGGACAGGGAAACAAAAUCUUCAUAUUCGUUGGUUGUACAAGCUAAGGAUUCUGGUUCGCCAUCACUCAGUACUGAGACAACAGUGAAGAUUAAUGUUGGCGAUGCCAAUGACCAUUCUCCAGUUUUUCAAGGCACACCGUAUUCGAUCUCUGUUCCCGAGAAUGCUGAUAUCAAAAAUCCUUUGAUUACGGUAUUUGCUACAGAUGAAGAUAAUGGCGUGUUUGGUAGUAUAACCUAUAGCAUCAAUGCUCCUUUGGAUGAAACAUUUUCUGUAGAUGCAAAUGGUCGUAUUCGUAGUCUAACUCCAUUGGAUUACGAAAAAGUUAACUCUUACAAUCUAACGGUGGUAGCAACUGACGGAGGUGGGUUAAAGACCUCCACAUCUGUCUCGAUUAGCGUCACAGAUGUCAAUGAUAACGCUCCCAAAUUCGAUCGCAAUCCAUACACUGGGUCCGAGAGCGAGAAUCUUGACUCUAACCACGUGGUUGGCACGGUCAUUGCACGUGAUGCAGACUCGGGUCAAUUUCGGUCCGUGAUUGAUUUUACUGGAAUUCUAAAAGCAAAGAAGGUUUUAGAUCGCGAGAGUGUCACCAGGUAUUCUCUAGUAGUGACGGCAACUGAUCGAAGCAAUCCCAUGUUAUCCUCCUCUACCACUGUCGAAGUAAUUAUCUUGGAUAAAAACGAUAACGCACCGAAGUUCCUUGAGAAUCCAUACAACUGUACUAUUGAUGAAAAUUCUGCCAUUAAUUCUCGAGUUUGUAGCGUACGCGCUUUGGAUGACGACUUUGGCGAAAAUGCUUCUAUUUCGUAUGAGUUUGCCAGGCAAAACUCUAGAUUUAGCGUCGAUAAGGACAACGGCGAAAUAAAGGCCUUGGUAAGUCUGGACAGGGAAGAAACAUCCAGCUACGUGCUUGAGAUCAUCGCAAAAGACGGGGGAUCACCGAGUAAAAGCUCCAAUGUUAUCGUUAACGUAAUUGUAAAUGAUCUAAACGAUAAUGAACCAAGAUUUAAUCAGUCAUCCUUCAGUUUUGGUGUCAGUGAGGAUGCUUCCUUGAGUACGAUGGUUGGGCGAGUUUUUGCCAAUGAUAAAGAUGAAGGAUUGAACGGUGAAAUCGUCUUUACCAUCACAAAUAUUAAUACGUAAGUGUUUGUAUUUAAAUAGGGAAAUCAUCUGUGUCAUCACAAAUAUCAAUGUGUAAGUGUUAACG